CCCGUACUGUUCUGUGCUCCCAUGGCCCCUGGCUUCCCCCGGAUUUUUGGAAGAGAGAGGUUGGGGUCUUCCUCCCCGGCCCCGUGCUGCCCAGGACUGCAGUUCUGGCAGCGGCUGCGCCCCCUCCUCACCCCUUGGCCGGCUCAUCCCGUAGUCUGGCAAGUACCGCUCGGCCAUCACUGGUCCCAGGCGCCUCGGCACCCCGCACUGGCUGCCCCCGCGCGCCCACCCAGCCCUGCCGGAGACCAUCCCCUACCUGGCCUCCACCUGCCACAGCUCGGCCAGCCCUCCAAGGAGCGAAGCUGCCCUCCCCCGCUGAAGGCCUCCUGGGCACCCCUUCUCCGCUCCGGACCCUCUCCCCGCACCCGGCCUCCCAUGCCCAGGUCCCCCUUGUCAGUCAUUUCCUUUUGUCACCAGCUUGGCAAACAGGAGAGAAAACGAAGCUUCAUGGGAAACAGCGGCAACAGGUGGUCGCACACGCCGUUCCCCAAGCUGGAGCUGGGGCUGGGGUCCCAGCCAGCGGUGCCCCGGGAGCUGCCCGCCUGCUCCAUCUGCCUGGAGAGGCUGCGCGAGCCCAUCUCACUGGCCUGUGGCCACGACUUCUGCCCACGGUGCUUCAGCACCCACCGCGUGCCGGGCUGCGGGCCGCCCUGCUGCCCCGAGUGCCGCAAGACCUGCCGGCAGCGGAAGGGGCUGCGGGAGCGGGAUGGACUCUCCGGGCUUGGGGGGCCCUCUCCCCUGGGCUGGGCGCUCAGGGAGCCCUCUCUCCAGGCCCAGGAGACCUGCACCGUCAGGGCCGAGCCGCUGCUGCUGGUGCGGAUCAACGCCUCCGGGGGCCUGAUCCUGAGGAUGGGGGCCGUCAACCGCUGCCUGAAGCACCCCCUGGCCAGGGACACCCCUGUCUGCCUCCUCGCUGUCCUUGGGGAGCAGCACUCGGGCAAGACCUUCCUCCUCAACCACCUGCUCCGGGGCCUGCCUGGCCUGGAGUCUGGCGAGGGCAGCUGGCCGAGGGGAGGAGGCUCCCUGCAGGGGUUCAGAUGGGGUGCCAGCAGCCUGACCAGGGGCAUCUGGAUGUGGAGUCACCCCUUCCUGCUGGGGAAGGAGGGGAGGAAGGUGGCUGUGUUUCUGGUGGACACAGGGGAUGCCCUGAGCCCUGAGCUGAGCAGAGAAACAAGGACCAGGCUCUGCGCCCUCACCGCCAUGCUGAGCUCCUACCAGAUCCUCACCACCUCCCAGGAGCUUAAGGAUACAGACCUGGAACAUCUGGAGACGUUUGUCCACGUGGCCGAGGUGAUGGGCAGACACUAUGGGAUGGUACCAAUCCAGCACCUGGACCUCCUAGUUCGUGACUCAUCCCACCCCAGCAAAGUGGGGCAGGGGCACGUGGGUGACAUUAUCCAGAAAUUGUGCGGCAAAUACCCCAAGGUCCAGGAGCUGCUCCAAGGGCGACGAGCCCGCUGUUACCUCCUGCCUGCUCCCGGGAGGUGGUGGGCCAGCCAGAGCCACAGCAGCCCAGGUGACACAGACGGCGAUGCCCGCCACCUCCGCACCUACGUGGCCGAUGUGCUGAGCGCAGCCCCCCAGCAUGCCAAGAGCCGCUGCCAGGGGUACUGGAGCGAGGGGCGCCCUGUGGCCCGGGGGGACCGACGCCUGCUCACGGGGCAACAGCUGGCUCAGGAAAUCAAGAACCUCUCCGGCUGGAUGGGCAGGAUGGGACCCGGGUGUGCCUCUCCAGACGAGAUGGCCGCCCAGCUGCAGGACCUGCGGACCGUGGAAGCCGCCAAGAAAGAGUUUGAGGAGUAUGUGCGGCAACAGGACAUGGCCACCAAGCGCAUAUUCUCUGCACUCCGGGUGCUGCCAGACACCAUGCGGAACCUCCUCUCGGCCCAGAAGGAAGCGCUCCUAGCCCGGCACGGGGCGGCCUUGCUGUGCUCAGGCCGGGAGCAGACCCUGGGGGCCCUGGAGGCCGAGCUGCAGGCCGAGGCCAAGGCCUUCAUGGACUCCUACACCGUGCGCUUCUGCGGCCACCUGGCCGCCGUGGGCGGCGCUGCUGCGGUGGGGGCCACGGGGGCCGCGGUGGUUGGGGGAGGCGUGGGCGCUGGGUUGGCAGCCACUGUGGGCUGCAUGGAGAAGGAGGAGGACGAGAGGGUGCAGGGAGGGGACCGGGAGCCCCUGCUGCAGGAGGAGUGACCCCCAGGAGACGCUAAAGGAGGCAGAGAUGCCAGGGGAGGAAAGGGAGUGGGGGAGGGCGAGGGACCCCUGUAUACCACACUGCCCUGGUUGAACGCCCCGUUGGGUGGUGACUGAGAAUCAAGAUGUCCCCAAGAAACUGGGGAGGCCUCGGGGCCGGGAGGCAGUGUUUGUGCCUGAACAGAGUCUGAGGACCGUUUCUGUUGCAGACGAUUGCUCACCUGCCACUCGGCCCCGAGUCUCCCACCAGGAGUGUGGCCCACCCUCCCGGGCCUGUUUAUUCCUGGGCACUGUGGGGGGCUGAGCUGGCACCAUUCUGGAAGUGUCCCCUCGCACAGAUGGGAGCAGCCCCAGGACGGGUGGCCUGGGUGUUCCCCCCUGGGAAGUGUGGAGGAGGGGCCAGCAGGGGGGCAAAACCAAAGAGCCCGGGUGUGGUGGACAGGGGCCGGACCCCCAGAGCGAGGCGGCUAGCUGCGGCAACUGCCCAAAGCUCCCUCAGCAGGAUGCAGGGGGCGCCCGCACGGGCACUGUGCAAGGGGGCCCUGCAGCUGUCCACUGUGGCCCUGCCCUCUGUCCAGUCUGGUCAGCGCCCAUGUUCCUUCUUGGUGGAAGGCCGUCCCAGCAACGGGUCAGAUGCCAAAGAAAACCACCUGUAGUUGCAAUUCUGAGCUACAGCGACUGUUCUGGGAGAGUCCUGCAGGGGGCAGCAGAGGGGACACCGUGGUUGGCACACGCCCCCCCCCCCCCGAACCUGGGGGAAGACCCCUCCCCUCCGUGUUCACAGGAGACCUGGGCGCAGCCCCCACAGGGAGCCUGAGGAGGGCAGAAAGCCCCACCAGGAAGGCUUCUGGGCUGCUAUGUAAAGGAUUAACGGCACAUUAUACAAAAAAUAAAACGUGUGUGCUUCGA